CUUCCGGGCGCCAUCUUGGAUUAACAGUACAGAUAAAAGAGGCGUCGCUAGCCGCUAAUAAUUUUAAAUUGCGAAGCAGGUGGAGUAUUUUUUGUCGCAGGUGGAGAGUCUUUAGGGGAGCUGGCACUAUUAAUUGUUGUUGCCAUUAAAUGACUGGUGUUUUUUUAAGUAUUACAAUCGUAGUUCGGAAAAAGCAGCAGCUAGCUUGGCAGGGCUAAACGUUAGCUUACCGUUGACAGAGCUAACCUGGGUUAAAUGAAAACUAACCGACGUUUAAAAAUGUUUUUUAGCUAACACAUGAUUCAGCACAACUGUGGCUAGUCAAAUACCACUUUUCUACCUGUCCAGCUCUUACAGGUGUUUUACAGUAUCUUGAACAGGCGGGGAUAACAGCGACACCUUUGGCGGAGCGUGGGAACAUGACAGCUAACGGUGUUGCAGCAGGCGGGCAGAGCCUCAUCAGGUCUCUGCAGGCGGCUGCUGCUGCUGCUGCUGAUGGAGUAGGUGGGACGAGGGCUCCACUCAUGGCCAUACGGAACUGUUUGUGUCCGAGCCGCCAGCAUCAGCAGUGUUUGUAAAGGCGCUUUGUGCAUCGCUAAUCCGCUCUGAUGUCACGGUGCAGAAGGAGGGGCUGAGCUCUCCGCUUUUAAUCCGAGCAAGUUGUCUGGAGGGACAAGCAAGAGCCAAACCGAGCCGAGCGAAGCGAGCCAGGCACCGGGGGAGACUGGGGCGAUGUGUAGUGCAGCAGCCGGACCCGGGCCUCUCCUCCACUGACAUGCAGGCUGUGCUAUGAGCGGGGUUUCCUUGGAGACAAGAGGCAUGUUCUGAAAAUCCGAGUCGAAUCACGCCCCAGCCAUGAGCCACAAGUAUCAGGGAGAGGCGGCGGGGGAAGCAGGCGAGGAGCACAAGGCACCUCCGAGGAACAGGCAGCCCAACGGGACGACACGCGGGGAGCCUCCCGUACGUCGGUCCUGGAGGCCGUGUCAGAUGCUCAACCAGGACGGGGAGCUGGAUCCCCACCAUCAUCACCAUCAUCACCAUCAUCCUCCUCCUCACCACCACCAUCAUCAUCAUCCGCCCACAGGUCGUGGGCCCCCUCGCCACCGCCGUCGCCCUCCAUCAGGGCAGGGGCAAAGCCAGGCUCACGGUGCUGGUCUGGACCCAGCGGUGGCUUCCUCCAGGUCGGAUGGGGGCGAGAGUCGGGACCCUGAGCCGCAUCCUGUCCAGCAACCACGCCCUGGUGUCGCCCGCUACCGUCGUCAUGGCGACCCUAACCCCAGACUCAGAGGUCACAGACAGAGGCAACCAAUCAGAGAGACGCAGGACUCCUCACCUGGGGUGGAUGAGAGAGAAAGUCCGGCAGAGGUGCAGCUGCAGGUGCAGCAGCGCUCAGGAGAUGAUCCUGUAACAGACCAGUCCCAGGAGAGGGGAUCUCUUCACCAGACUCCUGUCGCUGUUGUCACCCCCACCCACCUCUCACCUGGUCCUGCAACUCAUAAUGCGCAGCCUCACCCACAACACGCUCCACCUGCUGAGGCAGAGGAGGAUCUCCAGGAUCACAAAGCAGAGUGUGAAGAGGAACUGCAGGAAGUUAAGGAGAAGGAAGAAGAACAAGAGCAGGCGGAGGACAAGGGAGACCGCCGCUCGACCGCGGGUCACUCCAGCUGCAGCCGGGACGACGUGCAGACAGUCGACGACGAAGCAGAGGAUCAAGCAGAGAGGGUGGAGGAGGAUCAGGAGGAAGCGAUGGAUGAAGUAGCGGAGGACAUUGCUGCUGCUCAGGGAAGCGAAAUCACCGAUCUCUGCUCUGACACGGAGAGCGCCGCUUCGCUCAGCAUGGACGGACCACUCCACAGCCCGCCGCCGCUCCAGUCACCGACUCCCCCUUCGUCCCCUGAUGUUCCACCUUUCCCCCAGCUGGACCACUUCAGCGAGGACGCCAGUAUGAGCCCCCUCCCCGACAAUGACCUACCUGAAGAUGAAGACGAGGAUUGCUCUGAAUCGAUGCUCGCUGUCUCCACUCCACCUCCUUGCUCUGACUCUUACCCAAAAACCUAUGCAGACUUUUAUACAGAGUCCCACCAAAAGUCUUACCCGGAGCCUGUCUAUGAGUCCUACUCAGAGCCAAAAUCCCAUCCCAACUCGUUUCCUGAACCUCUCAAGACCUCCUAUCCUGAGCUACACAGAGAGCCGUGCAGGCAACCUAAUCGGAGGAUUGAGCCUAACGAGUCCCAGCAAGAGUCGCGUCACGAGCCCUUCAGCAGCCAUAGAGAGGAGAAUGUACAAAAAGUGGCUCCAGCCUCCCCCACCAAGGGCUCCCAUCAUGCACCGAGGCAUGUCAGAGACCGGGGUUCACAUCACUCCCCUCUGGACCGCUCUGUUGGCUGCCGGCUGCACCACUACGACGGACAGUCAGACGGCGAGGGCGACAGCGGCAACCAAAGCCCCGUCUCCAGAAGUCGCAGGCAGGCACCCAGACGAGCAGAAACCCAGGACAAGAGCCCCUCGUCCGGGCAGAGCAGCUCAGGCGAGGCCCACGAGGAGUGGAACGCGGUGGGGGAGGAGGGUUCAAGGGGCUCGGGAGACGCCAUCAGCCUGGCGAUUAAAGACAUCAAGGAGGCGAUUGAGGAGGUGAAGACAAAGGCGGUACGCUCCCCCUACACACCUGACCAGCCUGUGGAGCCGAUAUGGGUGAUGAGGCAGGAGGUCAGCCCCACAGAGGACGUUUACCCUCUGCAGGCUACAACUGGCUAUUCUUCUCCUCACUCCCCCUCUCAGUCAGCAUCUGAGUCUCCAUCCUGCUACGCCUCGGUUCCGGUUCGUGAGCAGGUCAGUCCGCGGAGAGCCGACUCAUCCAGAUCGGUCCAUCCCCAACAUUAUCACCAACAACAGCAGCAGCAGCAGCAGCAGCAGCAGCAGGCUCAACACAACCACAACCACCACCACCAAGGCCACCAGAGGGACGCUGCGAGGCCGCCGCAGGCGUACACACAGCCGCAGGCGUACGCGCACAUGCCGCCUAAUCAGCAUCAGCAUCAACAGCGGCAGCAUCCGCAACAGAUUCAGCAUCAACAGCAGCAUCAGCCGCCUCCACCGCCUCAGCAGCUGAGGCCACAAGUUCAGCCUCCGCCGCCUCCACAGCAGCCGUCUGUCCAGGAGAUUCGCAGAUCUCUUGCCCCCUUUCCCACAUUUGUGGACGUCCCGGGACCGUGUGACCCAGAGGACCUUAUUGACGGCAUCAUCUUUGCGGCGACCUACCUGGGCUGCACCCACCUGCUGUCGGAGAGGACGCCCACAAAGAGCGCCCGCAUGCAGCAGGCGCAGGAGGCCAUGAACCGAGUCCGGGCGGCGCAGAAGCAGGCAAAGAACAGGAAAAAGAGCCCCGACAGCGAGGCUCCGUCCACGGCUGAGGUCGAUCUGUUCAUGUCCACACAGAGGAUCAAAGUCCUCAAUGCAGACACUCAGGAGUCUUUAAUGGACCUGCCGCUGAGGACGAUCUCCUACAUAGCCGACAUCGGUAACAUGGUGGUGCUGAUGGCCCGGGGGAAGAUGGUCCGGUCCCGCAGCGCGCAGGAAAACCUGGACCACACGGCCGAGCAGACCAACAUGACCCACGACGACAGGCGGCUGUACAGGAUGAUCUGCCACGUCUUUGAGUCUGAGGACGCUCAGCUGAUCGCUCAGUCCAUCGGUCAGUCCUUCAGCGUUGCCUACCAGGAGUUCCUCAGGGCCAACGGCAUCGACCCCGAGGACCUGAGCCAGAGGGAAUACAGCGACCUGCUCAACACUCAGGACAUGUACAACGACGACCUCAUCCACUUCUCCAAGUCUGAGAACUGCAGAGACGUUUACAUCGAGAAGCAGAAAGGAGAGAUCCUGGGUGUGGUGAUAGUGGAGUCGGGCUGGGGCUCCAUCCUCCCCACCGUCAUCAUCGCCAGCAUGAUGCACGCCGGUCCUGCCGAGAAGUCCGGUCGACUCAACAUCGGAGACCAGAUCAUGACCAUCAACGGGACCAGUCUGGUGGGUUUACCGCUCAGCACCUGCCAGAGCAUCAUCAAGGGUCUAAAGUCUCAGUCCAGGAUCAAGAUGAACAUCGUCAGGUGUCCUCCCGUCACCAUGGUGCUCAUCCGCAGGCCGGAUCUCAGAUACCAGCUGGGCUUCAGCGUCCAGAACGGCAUUAUCUGCAGCCUGAUGAGGGGAGGCAUUGCAGAGAGAGGAGGUGUUCGCGUCGGUCACCGCAUCAUCGAGAUCAACAGCCAGAGCGUCGUGGCGACGCCUCAUGAGAAGAUCGUUCAGAUCCUGUCUAACGCCAUGGGAGAGAUCCACAUGAAGACGAUGCCUGCGGCCAUGUACCGUCUGCUGACAGCACAGGAGCAACCUGUCUACAUCUGAACACACACUCCUCACUCCUCUCACUCACAGCACUCAGUCUAUCUUUACUACUGUCCCUCCAUCUUUAGGUUGUUUUAAUACCUUUCCUCCUCUCUGUAUCCUGUUUGAUAUCACUUGACUUGCCUUAAUCUGUACAGUGGACUGUCAUGUAAACAUGUACAUCUACAGUGUGACAGCAGAAGGCAGAUUAUCUCACUAGGCCGAGUGUUAAUGUGACGUGUUAUGUUCGACCAAAGAGAAAUUGUGGAUUUUAUUGUGCAUAUUUAGGUGGAAAAAAAGAGUAAAUAUUACCUUUUUUUGUUAAAUAGCUGUAAUAUCUGAAUGUACUUUUAAUCAUGUUGGACCUUUAAGUUGUCAGGGCGAACCAAGUGAUACAAAAACUCUACACUGGAGCUAUCAAGGAAUGCAUGUACAGUUCUGCUGAAUAAACUCUAUGAAGAAAAAGA